CCAUAUGUCAAGUUAGAAUCUGGGAUUUAUAAAUUGCGCCCUCAAUAAUACCCAGGGAACCGCUCGACACAAUUCAAGUUGCGCGGAAAUUGAUAAAUUGACAUGAACAUUGAACGAACAUUAAAAUCCGGGAAUUCCUAAAAUGUAAUUGGCGCGACAUUCUUUCAUUUUUGAAAAGAUAUGCACGGUACAAAGCUUACCAUGACAACAUUUAUAGAAUAAACCUUGUGUCAACACAUUGGCAUGGCUAGUUGUAGCAGUGACGAGGAUAUUUGGGAUUACAAGCCACCUACUAAAACAACAACAAGAAACAGCGGUAGAAAAGGUAAUGCAGCGGUACACUGCGAGAUGACCUCGCCAGACCUACGGUCCAUGAUCAACGAGUGUCGUAGGCGUGGGCCUAGGACUAUGUGCAAAUCUAGAACACCUCGUAGUACAGAUGAAGACCGGUUAUCCAACAGCUCUUGUACGUCUGCUCAAGAAGGAGUUGGUCUAGGCCUAACUUUGAGGAAUCCUAGUUUUUUAAGGAAGCGCUCUAGGCCUAAGCCUAGGGCUAGGCUCCAGCAUAGCCAUAAUGAUAAUAUUAACAAUAAUAAUAUCAAUAUUGAUGAAAAUACACAUAGGGCCAGUCCUGGGCCUGUUAUUGAUACUAGGCCUAGGCCUGACAACAACAAUAGUAGUAGGCAUACCUGUAGGCCUAAACCAAGUCGUAAAAACUGUGAUAAACCCAAAAGGAGUAAGCAAGAGAUAAGCAAUGAAGAAGAAGUAAAUGACGGCUUCUGUCCUAACUGCCAACUACCAUUUCGCAUUUUGAAAGUGCAGACUCCAAGAUGGCAUCUUGAGGAAUGUCUUCAGAGUGUUAGUAAAGCUGACAAAGAAUGCCCAGAUGGACUUGACUGUGAAUCAACAAUUAAAUGGCAUUACAAAAACUUCACUCACAGUUUACUUGCCAAUUUGAGGGCAGGUCGUGACCAAAUUGAUUGGUAUAUCUCAGAAGAAACAGCAACAAACAUUGAGAAGAUUCAAGCUCUCUUUGGGCCACGUAAAAAUGAUACAGGAAUCUUAAACAACAGGAAAGUGCAUAGCACUAAAGAUAUGUCUAAAAGAACCCCUAGUAAACACCAGAAGCAGUAUAGUCAAGAGGUGACUCGUAAGAACAGAGGCUCGAAUCAGUCGACACCAAGGAAGGAAGUUGGCCCUGGUAAAGCAAAAACCCCUAAAAAACAAGAGAUCUCUUUAUCACAGCAACCUUCAAUUUUAUCUUUCUUCAAACCUGAUCAACCUUCAAUUAACAGUUUGCUGAAGACUGAUGAACAAAAAGAUGGGUUUGAAAAAUGUGUAGACAUUGAGAAAUCUGAGGAUAAUAAUGAAUUAGACAUGCUACUUGGUUCUGCACCAAGUUCUUCAUCAGUUUGUAACAAAAAUGGCAAUAUUACCGAUGAAGACAUUUUUACACUUAAUGAGGAAGUGCAAACACAAUUUGGAAGAAAUCAUUCAAGAAUGGCAAUAAAAGGGAAGAACUUACCAGUAGAAAACAGCAAUGAUUUUUAUGAAGAUGGGGCCAUUUCUUGGUCACCUGCAAUUUUAUCAGAUUGUAGUACACAGCUGUAUAGUAGUGGUCACACCCUGGAUUCUGACAAUAGUGCGGAUGUUGUUAAUACAAAAGCUUCUCCCGAAGACAUGGAAAGUGAUGAAGAUAUUUUUUCUCCUCUCCCUCGGAAAACAGCUUCCUUUUUAAUUUACAAAAAGAAAGCAAAGACUUUGGAUAGUGAAUAUAAUUGUGUAUUCAAUAACACUGUUUCAUCCCAGAGUAAAGAAACCAACGGCAGUGAUUCCGAACAAAAAAUCUUCUCACCUGUUUAUCAAAACACUUCCUCAAAUGAGGAAAAAUACAUAAAUAGUAAUAGAAAUGUUGAAGAUGAUGAUCUUGAUUACACAAUAUUGUCUGAAAUAGAAGACUGUGGUAGUGGCUGUGAAGGAGAUAUCUCGGAGGAUCCUGAAAGAAUGGUAAAUGAAUGUGCAGGAUUAUCUUGUGAUGGCAUUACAUCUGAUCAAUGUGAAGAUUUCAAAGACCAUAAAGAGGAAACCUCCACACUAGUACCAAAAACAGAAAACUAUAGUGACAGUGAAAGAGACAUUCUGGAGGAUCCUGAAAGAAUAGUAAACAAUGGUGACAUCUCACUAGUUGCUGACAAAACAACCAGCUAUUUGUAUGUAAAGGAACUCCAGCCAAAGAAUAAACGACAUUUUGAAGAAGUGACCACUGUGCAAGACCAAGAAUUGAUUAAUAGUGAAGAGGAUAUGUUUUCAUUUGUCUCACAGCAGGAAAUGGUUGACAACAGCUGUAAACCAAAUGCUGAAGAGAAUGAGGUUAAACCUGAAGAAUUCCAAUACUCUUCAAGUGUUGAAUCCUUGAGAGAGAGUGUCAGAAAUAUAUGUGAUGCAGAUCCUGGUACUACCAGAUAUGAAAAUCAUAGUGAAUCCUCAAGUGAUGUAUUUUUUGAUUGUCAGGAUACUGAUUCAAAUUUACCAUGGUCUGAUGACUUUCCUGUACCAUGUACUGAUAUCAGAGGAAAAGAUUAUUCUUCAGAUCUUGAUACCGCAGUCUCUUCGUUAACGAAUUCUGAUGAUUCCUCUACAGGCUCACGUACUGAUUCAUCUGGUGUGAUUAGCAGGCUAGCAUCACAAUUUAUACCAUUUAAAAAUUAUUUCUUUUCUAAAAAUAUAAAAGCAGCACAUAUGAAUGCACAAACAGUGCCAGGAAAAUUUUCCAAUGAAAGCGGGAGAACUUCAGGUGCAGCUGCAAAUAAUCUUGAAAAGCUUCCGACCAAUGUAGGACACUCUCAAAGUAAAACGAACCAAAGACACAACUAUAAAUGGAAAUCUAAAAAUAGAAGUGGUGCAAUGUGGAGAUCUAAUAGACAAUGUCCAUUCUACAAGAAGAUGCCAGAAACAGCAAUUGUUGUUGAUGCAUUUUCCUAUGGGAGUAUCCCUGGAACCAAGGCAUACUUUUUAAGCCAUUUUCAUUAUGAUCACUAUGGUGGCCUAACCAAAAAUUUUCAAGAACCAAUUUACUGUAGCAAGUUGUUUAAUGGAACAUUGUAUUGCAGCCCUGAGCAUAUAUUUCCAAGCCAAGAAGAUGCCAUAGAGUAUGCUGUUACUAUUUCUAGAAAGCAUGUUGAAACCAAUGAAAGGACUUUAAUUGUAUGUGGAACAUAUACAAUUGGAAAAGAGAAGAUUUUCCUUGCAAUUGCGGAGGCUCUUAGGUGUAAAGUGUGUAUCACAAAAGAGAAGGAAACAACUUUGAAAUGCUUAGAAGAUAAAAACCUAAAUAAGUUCUUAACAAGUUCCAAGCAAUUAACAAGACUUCAUGUUCUACCAAUGUCCUAUAUCACCCACACGAAAUUGAAAGAAUAUAUGAACCAGUUUCCACGGCAAUACAAUCAAGUAAUUGGCAUCAAGCCUACAGGAUGGACUUACAGCAAGAAGGGUGCUGGACUAUUGGACAUUAAGCCGUCAGUCAGUGGUCAAAGUUAUAUCUAUGGAAUACCGUACAGUGAACAUAGUAGCUAUGAUGAACUGGAGCGAUUUGUAAGAUUCAUAAAACCUAUCAAGAUUCAGCCAACCGUGAAUGUUGCCACGGAAGCAUCAAGGAAGAAGAUGAGCAACAUCUUUGACUCCUGGAUGAAGGAUGCUGCUACAAUAGCAACUAAAAGGAAAUCUACCACUCCAAAGAUUGAUUUUUUUGUUACAAGUGGGAAAAACUGUAAGAACUAAAUUUUAUAUGAGGAGGCCCAAUUUUCUUUUCCUUUUUCUUCGCAAGAGUGACCAAAACACACUCUGGGGCAGGUCCCACCAACUUGAACGAUUGGCCAAAAAUGCAAAAUUAAAUAAUGUUGGGUGGCCAUGAAAUGGGAAAAGGAAAACAUUAUUUAUUUAAAGGUAUAUAACAUUUUAGCUAUACAAUAUAAUCACAUCUACUUAAUAAAAUAUAUAUUUUUGCCUAUUAAAUCAAUGUAGAGAUUUGAAGGGAAACAAUUCUGUAAUACAGUAUUAUGAAUUUAAUUUUAAUAUUACUUAAUUUGUUGUAGUCAGUAUAAUAGUAGAAAGUAUUGAAUUUUUUUAAUUGAAUUGCUGCAAUCUAUAGGUUUAUUCACAAUGCUGAAACACAUUGGUAAUUAUUGUUAUAUAAUUUUUUUUAUGUAGAAUACAUAGAAAUUUAGGUAUGCAUUUGUCAUAACUGUCAUAACAAUAAUGGUCACAAGAAGUUUUAAAAUUACAUGAACAUGAAUAUAUUUUAUUUUGUACUAUUUUUGUUAAUACUCAUGCGACCUUUAUCAAUCGGAAUGACCAUCAAAAUCUUGUCAUUUAGUUCUACAGAAUCAAUAAUUUCUUUUUCUUUCUUUUUUUUUGACUUUCCAAAAGGGGGAAUUCACCCCUGGUUUGAACCAUAUGCUGACAAUUCUCUCCAAGCCAUGUGUUAGAAACCUUAGCUCACAUUUUUGAAGUGCUGCGUAGUUGGCUCAUAUUAUAGUCAUUGAUGCAAGCAUAACGUAGCUUACAAAUAAUGAUUAAAAAUGUUAUAAAUUUUGGCCACUUUUCGUCAUCAUUGACACCAACAUCAGGUCUGCUACAGUACUACCUUGAUAUACACCAAAGAAAAAUGGAUUCUUGCGAGUCAGGAACAAAAGAAAGAAAGCCUAGUUCGUCAAGGUGAAGUGUUCAGGGAAGAUAAUUUUAUCCAGGUACCAUGUUGCUAUGGGCAACUUAAGGCAUUAAUGUGCUAGGCUACAGCCUUGGAUAUGGAACUGCAUUACAUGUCAGAAACCAUUACAUUAAAUCAAUAUUUAAGUCAUUCAUCCAUAAUGUAAUAUGUAUUCCAACCUGCAUGCAUUUUACUAGAAAUAAUGAGUUUGAAAUAAGAAUGAAAUAAACAGUAUAUAUAGAAAAGCACAGACAUUUGAUUAUAUAUAUAUAUAUAUAUAUAUAUAUAUAUAUAUA